AUGGACAAGAAUCAACGAAUUGUCAUCAUCGGAGCUGGUGUCUUCGGACUCGGAGCAGCCCUCCGAUUCAAGGAGGAGGGUUAUACUUCCGUCACAGUCCUCGAUCGCUCUAUGCCACCCGUCCCAGAUGGAUCAAGCAACGAUAUUUCUCGCAUUAUCAGAUUUGACUAUGGUGAUGCUGUAUACGCAGAGAUUGCCAAAGAGGCGUACGACUUGUGGAAAACUCCCGAGUUCAACGAUGCUUUCUACCCUACGCCAUGUUUGUGGGUAUGCCAGGAAGGCAAAGCAGACCAACCAGUCCAACCGCGAGCUCAAGAGUACAGCGCAAAGACCAAGCGCGUUUUGACUGAGAUGGGACAGCCAUGGCAUGCCGUUACAAGUGUGGGGGCAGCCAAGGAGAGAUUCCCCGAAUUAACGGGACGAUUGGCUACGCCCGGAUUUGAUGGAUUCUACAACACCAACGCCGGAUGGGCUGAUGCUGGCAAAGCAAUCGGUCGUCUUGCUGCUCGCUGUAUUCACGCUGGUGUUUCUUUCAUGACUGGGCCUAAUGGCCAUGUCACCGAUUUUGAGAAGAAUGCCGACGAUGGCAUCAAACAGGUCCGCACCGCUGAUGGCAACAAGGUGGAAGGUGAUAAAUUCAUCAUGGCCACGGGUGCAUGGACUGCAAGUCUAGUCCCAGCCUGGAACUCGAUGCUCGCAGCUGGCCAGAUCGUCGGGUAUCUUCGACUUACUCCUGAGGAAGCAGUCCAGCUCAAGAACAUGCCAAUUUAUUUCAAUUUCUCGACUGGAUUCUUCUGUUUCCCACCACACGACGGCACCGGCUAUCUGAAAGUUGCCGUUCAUGGCUUUGGGUACACGCGGAAUAACGAGAAAGCGAAUGUAUCAUCGCCACCAACAACCUCCGUUGCUGCACGAGCAAACUUUGUCCCGGCAGAGGGAUUGAGGAGGAUGGAAGCUGGUCUCAUGGAUCUAUUUCCCCAAUUGGCCUCCCGUGGCUUCGAGAGAACUGGAAUCUGUUGGUAUAAUGAUACACCUACCGGUGACUUCAUCAUGGAUUAUCACCCCGAGCAUAAGAAUCUUUUCAUUGCGACAGGUGGAAGCGGGCAUGCAUUCAAGUUCCUCCCGGUGAUCGGCAAGUACAUCGUAGGAAGUUUCGAGCAAAAGCUCCCCCAGAAUCUCCUUGAAAAGUGGAAGUUCCCCACGCAAUUCCGCGAGCGUUUCCAGGGCGAAGUGUUUGGUGGCGAUGGAAGUCGUGGUGGCCCCGAGCGCCGGGAGUUGACUUCUAAUGAACGAAGCACUUUCGACUCGGCAUUGACUGCCUCCACUAGACAGAGCAAGAUGUGA